AUGAGCUCGUCGCGCAAGACGCGGAUUGCUUCGAGCAUGUCCAAUGUCAUGUUCACAAAUGCGGUUUACUUUCCUAACUACCGGAUAUACCAAGGAGAUACUCCAGGAAUGCUCAACUACAGCUGUAUCAACCACGUUUACUAUGCCUACGCCAGUGUUUCAGCCGACGGCGGUGUUUUCCUAAGUGAUGAGUGGGCGGAUGCUGGUGCACCUGUUGACGGUGUACAAGGAGGACUAGGGUCUCUCAUGCACCUCAAGCAGAAGCAUCCCCAUCUUCGAGUUGUUCUGUCAAUUGGGGGCGGCAACUCCUCGGAAAUUUUUCCCCUGGUGGCAUCUAGCACUCUGUUACGUGACAAUUUUGCUAGAUCAGCUAAAGGGCUUGUUGAGGCAUCAGGUCUGGAUGGAAUCGACAUUGCAUGGGAAUACCCGUGCGAUGUCCAACAAGGCUACGACUUUCUUGCACUUCUAGCAGCUGCCCGCAUUCAUCUACCAGAGGAGCAUUAUGUACUCACCGCUGCACUUCCUGCAGCCAAGUCCAUCUUACAGUUCCUUGAUCUAAUGGAGAUCGCCGAAUACUUGGACUUUAUCAACUUGAUGGCCUACGAUUUCUUUGGUUCGUGGACUCCAAAGGCUGGACAUCAUGCUCAACUAUAUGCUAUGGACAAAGAAGAAACCUCAGCUUCUUCAGGGGUUUCUUAUCUCAUGUCCAAGGGGUUUCCCCCUAAGAAGAUUCUGCUUGGUAUUCCAACUUUUGGACGAAGCUUCCUUCACUGCACAGGAGUGGGACACAAAUACAAGGGCGUGGGUGGUGCGGAAGAUGGCACAUUUGAGUACAAUCAACUACCACGCAAGGGAUGCAAAGAGGUUGUCGACAAACGCCAUGUUGCAGCACACUGCACCGGGGCAGAUGGCGGAUUUGUGACGUACGACAACCCGGAUACUGUUAAGAUCAAGGCUGGUUUCUGCAAGCAAAAGGGACUGGGAGGUCUCUUUUACUGGAACGGUCCUGCUGAUUCCAAGGACAAGUCUAGGAGCUUGGUUGCGGCUGGCUUUCGCGCUCUUCAUUCGUCCUGA